AUGGACCUAAUUGGAAAACCAAGGAGCAAAUCCGUCGUGUGGAUGUACUUCGGCUUCAGAGCAGACGAAAAUGGGUUUCCCCUUAGAUCAGACGAAGUCAUUUGUCGUUUGUGUCGGAAGAUUGUGCUUGCAAAAGGAGGCAACACAACUAACCUGAGAAGUCAUCUGAAACGGCGCCAUCGUGCAGAAGUGGCCAACACGCCGUUCUCUGCCUCUCUGGGCAUCGGACCGGAAACACACGAUCUUGGACAUAGCCACGAGGAACUGAUCCAAGAGCUUCAGUCUCUCAGUGCCCAAACUGAGACAAACCAGAACUACGUGCCAGACGCUGUCCUCCCACCUGGUGAGCCCUGGACCAAUGGAGGGCCAUCCCGAGCUGUGUUGUCCCUGCCGUCCUGCCUAAGCCUCUCAGAACACUCAGGAAAUCAAGUGUCCAGCCCUUCAUCUGAAAGCCCUGCCAGGGAGAUGAAAGUGAUUGCCAGGUGCCAGUUGCAAAUCGGAACCAUGUUUGGACCUUAUGUGGGGGAAAUGUGCAGAGGGCAUGUUCCGGACAAUCUUGCUCAUGCAUGGGCUAUCAGAGACGAAUCUGCCUUCAUUUAUGUUGAUGGCACGGAUCUAAACAAAUCCAACUGGAUGAGAUUUGUGACAUUCACAAGCUACGAGGAUGAACAAAAUCUGACAGUCUUCCAGUUUUACCGUAAAAUCUAUUACAAAGUGUCGCAGCCGAUCUCAGAAGGGGACGAUCUCAAAGUCUGGGUCGGUAGAGAUUACGCCUCUCUGCUGGGCCUUGAACACACCGGGGAGAAUAUGAAGUGUCAAGUUGGAGACAAGGAGUCUUUCUUGCGCUCUCUACAGGACAUUCAGUUCUCCACACUCCCAGAGCCCACCACCUCCGCUCUCUGGUCUGACAACAGCCAGUCUCAAAGCCCCAUGCCAAUAAUAAGCGAAGUUACAAGCAUAAAUACUAGUGGUGGUACCGAGCCUAUCUCCACAGCAGUGCCGUCCUCCUCCCAUAGCUACUUCCCAGUUCCACAUCCCUAUGAAAACAAGUACCACUUUUUGCCUGGUACAGAAAGACUCGUGGGCCACCCUGAUCAUCUUCAUCUACCAAUGUCUGGCGAUGGAAGCUUGUGGUAUUUCUUUGGGUUCGAGCCGGAUCACAACGGGCGUCCGCUGGACAGAGGGAAUGCCAUAUGUAAGCUCUGCGGCGAGCUUGUUUUUUGUGGUAGCGGUGGAUUAAUUGAAAUAAAGAAUCACAUGGGGAACAAGCAUCACAUCAAACCACGGGAGAGCACCAACACAAGCAUUAUUCGGCCAGGUUCAGUUCAGCGCACAGUUCUACCACCAGUCACUACGACACAUUCAUCUGCAAAUCUGACUGACAACAUCCUGUACUUCCUGAUAAUGGAUCUCCAGCCACCUUCUGUAGUACGAGGAAAAGGAUUUCAACAUUUAAUCAACACUCUUCUCCCCAAUAAAGUGGAUCUCCCUUCAAAAACCAAGCUGGACUACUUGCUCAAAGACAUGCACGCUAAAGGAAAAACUGACCUUGCACAAACGCUUCGAACAAAGACCGAAACUGCGGACUACACUGCUCCAUUAGAGUCUGAGCGAAACAGGCGCAGAAAAGACGUCCGGCAUUUGGUCAACUUCAGCGUGGAUGUGUGGUUUCAUACAUGGCAGGGGAACACGGAGAUGUAUCUGUCUCUCUGGGUUCACUACAUGGAUGCAAACUUCAUUUGCCACAAUCAGGCUUUGGCAUCUCAGAAACUCUCCAAGUCUGGGCUGAACCUGAAAGCGGUGGAGUCUCAAGUUAGAGCCAUGGCAGAAAUUUGGGGCAUAUCCCAAGCUAAUCUGACAGUGUUGGGUGGAGAGGGGUGGAACGACAUCCGAGCGAUCCCAAUGUUUAGCGGGCUGCUCACCCGCCAUCUCGUCACUCGCCCCGGAGACUCGCCCAUCCUCAAAGAGGCCAAGACCAUGAUGCGGUAUAACCUCAGCGACUGGUACGGCUCGCCCACGGUCAACAGAGUCCUGAAUGUGGCCUGUGCUCUGGACCCACAGUUCCAUGGAGUUGGCUUCAUGUCUGAACAGGAACAGAGCGAAACAUAUCAAUGGCUCAAAAACGAGGCAGUACGGAUUUCAAACGAAGCCCAAACGAAACUGCGGUUAAAGAAAUCACAACCAGAGGAUGGAAACAAGAGAAGCCCAUCCCCCUCAACACCAGACGAGUCCAGACGACGGAGCAAACGCCUCAAAGACUCUCAACCAAUCAACUUCUGCGACAUUGACGUCUCUGAAGGUGAGGGAAGCGACGUCGACUGGGUGGAGCCUCCGCCUGGAGACGGGCUGUCGGGGAUGCAGUUCCUCCUGGGCGACUUGUACAGCACUGGAACCAGGAGCAAGCAGAAGUCCGUGGAGGAGUCGGUGGAGCUGGAGAUAAACGUUUUCCGGUCGGACAACGGCGCAACGCUGGGAGUAGAGCCGUUGCAGUGGUGGAGGAGCAAAACCCUGCAGCUUCCUCUUCUGGCCACGGUGGCACAGGCCUAUCUGUCAGCUCCAGCCGUGGCCGGGAACGCCGCGCACGGAUAUUUGCAAGACGGAGCGGGGACUUCAAGAGGGAAAAGGUCCAACAUCCCCCCAGAGAAUUUGGACGCAAUUUUGUUCUUGCACCACAACAACUUUCACAAAUCUAAACUUAAACUGUACUAG